UUAGACCUGUGCUUUGUUGUUUUGUAGAUGUACGAGAUCAAAUCAGGAGGCAGCAUCGCGAAGAAGUUCAGUGCCAUUCUGCAGACGCUGAGCUCACCCCUGCAGCCCAGGGUUCCCGAACACAGCAACAACAGGAUGAAAAACCUCUCCUACCCCUUCUCCAGGGAAAAAAUGUACCUGUACAACAUUCAGGAAAAGGACACCUUCUUUGACAACGCUACACGGAGCCGCAUUGUACAUGAGAUUCUGAAGCGCACAGCCUGUUCUCGAGCCAACAACACGAUGGGUAAGGAACCCUCCAGUGCGGUGGUCCAUGAGGCGGGAGAGCAGCGGACCCACGCCCCACAAGCAGGGCUGCUUCAGCUUAGACUGAGCAGCCAGUCUGUGCUGUGGAACAGAGGCGCCUACAAUACAUGGCGCCUAGGGUGCUCCUGCGCUGUUGAAACCUCUCCCGGACGUCUGGUUCCUGAUGGUUGA